GGAGGAACGCGAGCCCGCGAGCGGCUAGUGCUGACGCGUUUCGGCGCUCGUGCGCCUGCGCGGAGGGGUGCGCGUGCGCAGUGCGCGCCUGCGAGACGGUCUUUGACUGACACGAGUGGAUCCUCGGCUGUCGUCCGGUGGUUUGGGUUUUGGUAACCCUUCGGUGUGAGAGAGGUCGGGAGUCUUCCCGGCGGCUACGGGACCGAAUUCGCCAGCGGCCGGGGCCGUAGUCGAAGGCCGGGUGCGGCAUGUCCUGGGUGCCGCGGUGCUGGCAGUGAACGCGCGCCGGGCGGGAUGGGCCGGCGCCGGGCGCCAGAGCUGUAUCGGGCUCCGUUCCCGUUGUACGCGCUUCAGGUCGACCCCAGCGCGGGGCUGCUCAUUGCUGCGGGCGGAGGAGGCGCAGCCAAGACAGGCAUAAAGAAUGGCGUGCACUUUCUGCAGUUAGAGCGGAUUAAUGGGCGCUUGAGUGCCUCCUUGGUGCACUCCCAUGACACAGAGACACGGGCCACCAUGAACUUGGCAUUGGCUGGUGACAUCCUUGCUGCAGGGCAGGAUGCCCACUGUCAGCUCCUGCACUUCCAGGCCCAUCAACAGAAGGGCGACAAGGCAGAGAAGGCAGGUAAGACAGGUUCCAAGGAGCAGGGGCCCCGACAAAGGAAGGGAGCAGCCCCAGCAGAGAAGAAAUGUGGAGUGGAAACCCAGCAAGAGGGACUAGAACUCAGGGUAGAGAAUUUGCAGGUGGUGCAGACAGACUUCAGCCCUGAUCCACUGCAGAAAGUUGUGUGCUUCAACCACGAUAAUACCCUGCUUGCCACUGGAGGGACAGAUGGCUACGUUCGUGUCUGGAAGGUACCCAGCCUGGAAAAGGUUCUGGAGUUCAAAGCCCACGAAGGGGAGAUUGAAGACCUGGCUUUAGGGCCUGAUGGCAAGUUGGUAACCGUGGGCUGGGACCUUAAGGCCUCUGUGUGGCAGAAGGAUCAGCUGGUGACGCAGCUGCACUGGCAAGAGAACGGACCCACUUUUUCCAGCACACCUUAUCGCUACCAGGCCUGCAGGUUUGGGCAGGUUCCAGACCAGCCUGCUGGGCUGCGACUUUUCACAGUGCAAAUUCCCCACAAGCGCCUGCGCCAGCCCCCUCCCUGCUACCUCACAGCCUGGGAUGGCUCCAACUUCUUGCCCCUUCGGACCAAGUCCUGUGGCCAUGAAGUCAUCUCCUGCCUCAACGUCAGUGAGUCCGGCACCUUCCUAGGCCUGGGCACGGUCACAGGCUCUGUUGCCAUCUACAUAGCUUUCUCUCUCCAGUGCCUCUACUACAUGAGGGAGUCCCAUGGCAUUGUGGUGACGGAUGUGGCCUUUCUACCUGAGAAGGGUCGUGGUCCAGAGCUCCUUGGGUCCCAUGAAACUGCCCUGUUCUCUGUGGCUGUGGACAGUCGUUGCCAGCUGCAUCUCUUGCCCUCACGGCGGAGUGUUCCUGUGUGGCUCCUGCUCCUGGUGUGUGUCGGGCUUAUUGUUGUGACCAUUCUGCUGCUCCAGAGUGCCUUUCCAGGUUUCCUUUAGCCUCCCUGCUUCCUGGGAAUCAGGAGCCUGGACACUGCCAUCUCUAGAGCAGAGUGGAGGCCUGGACUCCCUUUGCUCACUCUGUCUGGGUCCACAGCUGAGGUUGCCUCUGAUACCAUGGAUGAGCACCAAAGGCUUGGUUAUGGCCCUGUGAGACUCUGGGUCCCAGGAACCCUGCCUUCAUCAUCUGUGGAUCCACCCAGAACAGUGGUGUCUGAAGCCCAAGCCACACUCCCUGCCUCCUUCCUUCUGCCUACCAGAGGCUCCAGAGUUGAGCUUGUCCAUUUCUCUAAAAGCAUGUGAAGAUGUCCAAGAGCCUGGAGGCACUGUUGUCCUUUCUGCAGAAACAGUUUCUCCUCCUUCCCUCACAGCCUUGUGGCCAGUUGCUCUUCACAUGAAGUCCCUGGCAUUUGCUGGGGAAGGGACUGGCCUGGUACUUGCUGUUAGGGCAGAAAGGGGCAAAAGGAAGACUCGGGUAGUAAUCUAGGGGUUCAGAUGGGUAGCGCCAAGCCAGUGGCCUAAAGAUGCCAAAAGUUCCUAGUCUACCAAAAAUGAACUUUAGCCCAUUAGGCAGGAAAAGUUGGUAUUUAAUAAACAAGGAAAGACUGAACUGAGACCCCAAA